CUCCAAGCAAGCACUCUGAGCACUGAGAUUGCGAUCGCUUGAGACUUCUGCCGACAGCAAAGCAAGCAAGGAACACACACAAAACACCCCAGCAAGGAACAAGGAAGAAGCACCUCACUGCUUCACCUGUCUACCUGUCUACCUGUACGCCGCCACGCAAAACGGCCUCAAGCCUUUCAACCAGAAGGACCCAACAGGACCUUGAGCGAGAAUGCCACCAAAACGCCCACCAACGGGGACGGGUCGCGGUGCGGACCAGCGCGAUCCACCGCCGCCAUACCAAGAGACCCAGCAGCAGGAACAAUCGGAUGCUGUGCCUACAGGCACACGCACGCCCGCGGCGAACGCGCCAUCGUUUCACCCUUCCCGCCGCACGACCCGGGAGGCGCAGGAGGCUCACCGCGCAGAUCAUCAGCAUCAGCAACAAGACCCCCCACAACAGGACCAUCACGACGGCGAGGAGGACGAGGACGUGGAUCUGGAGGAGGAAGAAGCCUCGACCACUGACGUGCCCGACCAGGAUGCCACAGGCGACGCAAGCAACAAGCGUUACAUGCUUGAGCCGAUGGAGGACGUGAAGCGACGUGUUGAAAUUGCCCCUGCCUCGACUCAGAAGUUUAUGGAAUACCUCAAGGUGCUCCUCGUUCUGCUCGUGACGGCCGCCGGCGAUCCCACGGACAAAGCCCAGCUGCUGGAGACCCUCAAGGAUGCCAGGCAGCGUGCCGAGGAGGAGCGCUACCUCCCCUGCGAUUUGGACGACUUUGACCGCAUUGGCCGUGACAUCGAGGAUGGUCAGUUCAAGGAGGCCCUUGCCAAGACAACGCUGCUGCUGAAGGUCAUCCGCCCAUUCGAUAUCCACAUGACACAGUAUCUCAUCGACCAGAGUCGCGUGUAUGCGGAGGCGAUGAAGAACAAGAACGUCGUCGUCUUCCUUGGUCGAUCGGGCGGCGGCAAAUCCACCUCCCUGCUCUAUCUCUCUGGCUGCACGAUGAUCCAGCGUACCAACGCCUAUCGCGACAUUGGCCCUGCCCCUGGCGCUGCUCCUGAGGGCUUCAAGGUCAAUGGCAACCCUGAAAGCGAGACGGCUUUUGUGCGUGGUGUUCGCUUGUCAGCCGAUUACCUUGAAGAACAUGGUGUGAUGCUCGCAGAUGACGACACAGACGUCCUGAUUGUGGACACGCCAGGCAUCGGCGAUAACUGCGGUGCAGAGAUCGACGUGGCCAACACCAUCGGCAUCCACCACGCCCUCAAGGCAUGUAAUGGCUUCUGGCCGGUCAUCGUCGCUUCCAAGGAUGGUGGCCCCAACGGGGAACUGACCAAGGCAAGCCUGCAAGUCGCCUCCAACCUCUUCAAGAGCAUCAGAAGCGUCAACCAGCAGCUCUCGUUCCUCUUCACCAAGUACCAGAGCGUUGACGAGCAUGACGCAAUCGCUGAAAUGUUCAAGGUGUUCCAGGAGCAAGCACGGGAGCGCCCUAGUGAUGAUCCGUAUCGUGUCAUCGUCCGCGUCAUCGCCGCCAAGCUCAGGCAACUCAAGAGUCGGAGACAAGCCGGAGAUGAGAUUGUCCUCCCUCUCGAACCAGAUCGCAUCGCAAUCCACCUCAGCGACAUCUUCAACAAGCAACCCAUUGCCCCGUUUAGCGUGGCCGACCACCCAUCCCUCCUCUCCACCUCGGAGGCAGCCAUCGCUGACCAGGCCCGCCUCAACAUCGCCGCCAUCCAGUUUGCCAUGGAGCGUGGCGAGCACAAGCUCGCCGUUCAGCGCGUCAAGGAGCUGCAGGGCCUGCAAAAGGUGGUGUCGUCCGAGGAGGUGACGCGGGCCACAAAGAACGCCCAGCAGGCGAUUGUGCAGCAUCUCACGCGUGAGUUCAACGCUGUGGUGGAGCGCAUCAACGAGUUCAAGGAUGCUUCCACCGGCUUCAUUGCCGUGGACGUGCUGGACACCCUCACCGCCAUUGGCGACGCCACCCGCUUCUUCCAACGCGAGCUGCCGAACCUCGACCUCUCCGCCGUCUCUGCAGAAGUGACGGCCUCCGCCCUUGGCGAUCUGGUCAACACGCUGCAGCGGGACGUGGGCCGCGCUGAGCUCUCUGCCCACGCGCGCGUCAACCAGGCCAACAAGCUGCGCACCCUCGUCGGCGCCAUCAGCAGCAUCCCUGCCGAGCGGUACGAGAGCGCCGUGCAGGGCCUGGCAGAUGAAGUGCUUUCGAUGCAGCGGCGUGCCGUGGAGGCGCUCGAACAGCGGCAGCUGCACGAGGCAGGCGAGCUGAGCACAGCCACACUGCAGGCUGCAGACGCCUUUGCCGCCCACCUCGACGCCACCCGCACGGGCCAGCUGACAGGCGCCAGCGUGGGCUCCGGUGGCGCCGGCAGCAGCGGCAGCACAUCUUCUUCAACAACAACAACAACAACAACAACAACAACGACGACGACGACGACGAGCACUGCCAGCAGCCAGAAGACCAGUGCCAGCAGCCUUCCUCAGCAGGUGGGCGAGUUCACCGGCCAAGUCGAAGUCGAAGCAGAGACCGCCCAGUCAGCGUCGCAGCGCAUUGCUCCCUGGCGGGGGGCAUUCAUCAAGUCCCUGCGUGCUGCCGUGCAUCGCCCUGUUGACCAAGCCCGCCACACGCUGACCGACCUCACCCCAAACAACUUGGGCCUGAAAGGACAGACUGCUGUGGAUGCGCUGGCAACAGCGCUGGCCCUCAUCACCGAUGUGCAGAAGACGCCCCAGCUUGCAGCCGUCAUCGGCGCUCAGCAGCUGGAGUCACUGCUCGACCAGCUUGUGUUCGUGUGCGACGAGCAUCUCACCCACAUCAUCGACGAGAUUGCGGAAGUGUGCCAGCAGGACCUGACCGACGCCCUUCAGCAGGCAGAGCCGCUGGUGCUUCACCUCAUUCGGUUCCGCGACCUCCCCUCCGUGGAUUUGGCGCGCAAGUACACCCGUCAUGAGGCCGCAGCGCGUACAGAGGUUGGCCGGGUCGUCGGCACCGCCCAACAGCUCGUGCGUGACAUUGUCCACAAUGCGUUUAACAAUCACGACGACAGUGGCAUUCACUGCUCGCUGCCAGCCCUGCUGGCCUCGCUCAAGGCCGCAACGUAUGCCAACGAACUGCAGGCUGGCAUGAUUGACAAGGCCACCGACAAACUCAUCGGCAGUGUGCGAGAUGAGGCGUACCAGUUUGAAGCAAAGGCCACGCGCUUCCCCAUGCAGCUCGACAACCCCGACAUUGUUCCCGAAGUGGCGGAGGCCAUCACCCAGCUGUCCAGUCUGCGCGCACUCGGCAGCGUCCUCGAAGGCAUUGAUGGGAGCUACACAAAGGCCAUCGACCACGUUACAGAAGGUGUCCAACGCAUUGUGGAUGCAGCCAAGGAGUUCUUUGCCAAGGUCCCAAAAGACAUCGCAUUUGACAACCCUGCAACGGGCGGUGACGAAGACGUCUCGAGCACUUCACCAUCGACCACGCGCCUUGACUUCCAGCUCGACCUGAGACGUGUGAACCGCAUCCACCACUUCCUCCACAAGGCGACCAAGGAGUCCCAUCUCAGUCUCUACGUUGCCAGCAUCAACGCCUUGAAGAACGUCUUGGAGGAAUCCAUGGCCAACUACGGAGCGUACAUUCGCCGCUGCCUCUCUCAUCUUUACCACAACGUGCUCGAAACGUUUGUGAACGAUGCGGCUGAGGAUGCAGUGGCUGCCACCAAACGCCUGAGGAUGGCUUGCCUCACGCUCCAGAUUCGACUGGAGGAGUUGCAGCGCAUGGAAGAUCAGUUCCCAGAACUGCAUGUGCUGGCGUUCCAGAACCCGCCACAAGAGCUCCGCACCUUGGGUCAGGAUGCAGCAACCCGAGAUACGGAGUGCCGUCAAUUUAAGCAGGACGGACGACUCAAUGAACUGCAUCGCCACGUGCUGGCUGCAGGCAUCUUGCGACAGCUCGACGGCGUCCUCGGGGGCGCCAUCACGUAUGCCCAGCUCUACAAAGAAUUUUCUGGGGAGGUUGCCGACUUCAGGGACAACGCUGUGCAACAACUCACGCAAGCCGUGGAGGCGCGCGAUUUCCCCCGGGCAGCGACCUUGCUCAAGCAGCUUCACGACACAAGCACCCAAAAGCGGCCAACGUUGGACCAGUCCAUCAUCACUGCAGUUGAUGCAACCUACGCCAACUGCCUGAAGCGUGCUCACCAGAUCACCUACGUUAACAGCGAGAGGUCGCGUCUGCGGCGGUUCGAGGAACUGCAGCAAGCCCUCAACAUGGCAAAAUCGACCAAGCAGCUGCAGGCGCCCGGCCUGAAGCUCGUUACCGCAGAGCAGGCAGAAGAGUGGGAGAAGAAGAUCGCUGCCGUGAGGAACACAGUGAACACAUUCCUAACAGAUGAGUGCGACCGAGUGGAAAACGACAUGAAGCGAUGCUGCUUCGCCGAGGCCCAAACCCAACUGCAGGAGCUUGCUUCCUGUCUCCAAGCUGUUGAGCACGAGCUUGAGGGCUUGGAUGAAGCACACGCGCGCAUCAGCGACCUCAAAGCAAGCAUUCUCAGGGGCCCCGAGGAGGCUGUCGCUGCGUUUGAGGGCCUGACAUUGGAGAAGGCCAUCAGCAACCCGCCGCAGGUCUUGGCACACCUUGCCAAGGAGAGCGCUCAGGUGAAGGCAGCCGUGAACCAGCGUGUGAUGAAGCUGCUGACAGACUUUAAGGCCCGCAUGUCCAGCGACGAUGUGAUGAGUGUGAACCUGGAGGUUGUGAUGCAGCACCUGGAGCACUUCAAGGAGCUGUGCCCUGAUGACAUGCAGAAGCAGGUGACUGCGACAUCGGAUGACAUUCUGGCGACGCUUCGCCAGCGCAUUGUAUCACGGGCGAGCGAGCUCAAGGAGCGGCUUGACCACGACGACUGGGAUGGCCUCAAAGCUGACGUUGGGCUGAUGCGCAAGCAGCCUGUGGGCCAGCUUGCCAACACCAUCAACGCGCAACUCACGUCCAAGGUUGACGGCAUCGCCGAGGACGCCUUCCAAGCGCUCGAGGACCGCAGACAAGACCGGCAGCUCCUCAAGGUUGUGAAGCGCCUGGCCAAGUGCAACGAGAUUGGCGUGCCGACUGCAGCGGCCAAGCUGAAGGCCAUGGUGCAGCAAGCGACAUCGAAGCUGGGCGUUGAGCACCAAACCAUGGCGCACGUGUUUGCCUCGCCCCAACUGACGGAGCCAGGCAUUGCCCGUGACGUGUCCCAGGACUUUGCAAGGAGCGUGGUGCGCGCCCUCUAUUUGGAGAGCAGCAUUCAGCUGGCAAGCAACUCCAUCAAGAAAGACAGGACAACUGGCGGCGGAGGCAGACUGCAGCGUCGCGAGACGGACGAUGGUGCGUCUGUGCUCGAGGACCUCCGUGCAUGGGCAGUGAAGUGCUCGAAAGAUGUGGCCAAGUUGCAGCAGGACGUGGGCCAUCUCAAGACCGCGCUGGCAGAGCUGGAGCCCUCCAAAGUGGACUGGAACGCCUUUGCAUCCGUCAACACGAUGAUGCUGUCGCACCAGUGCGGGCUGGUUGCAUGCACUGGUUCGGAGCUUGCCCGCCCCGCAAAGGAGCUUCACAUCGCACCAGCUGUUCUGGAGGAGUGCCAGAAGUGCAAGCAGUCGCUCGAUGCAGUCGUGUCGGAGCUGGAUGACGUGACAUCAAAGUGGUUCGACGAGAGCAUGGGCAUCAACGUGCUGGAUGACCAGUACAAUGUCAACUCAGAGGAGAUGCGCAAGGCAUACGCACGCCUCCACUGCACGAAGCAGCUCCUGGAGCUGACACUUCCCUUUGCGGCCUAUUUUGCAGACGGGGUGGAGGCGGUGCGCUCACGCCCGGAGCAGCUGUCCGAGCACGUGCAGCUGCAAGAGGAGCACAUUGCAUCAGAGCUCGACGCAGCCCAGACGUCACGCAAGUACGAUAGGAUGGAGACCCUGAUGCAACACCUGAGCAUUGUCGGUGCCGUGCAGGAUGCCAGGCCACCCCAGACUGUGGGCAGGUACUCGGGAUCGGGUUCAGGCUCAGGCUCCCCUUCGCGGCGGCGCAGUGCACGACGCGGGCGCAGCAAGCGCACGGAGAUCAUUGCCAAGCUUCAGCGGUCACUCAUGGCGGACGCCAUGGGCAAGGUGAAACAGCUGCACGAUGCAGCCACCGACGACGAGAUUGCAGGUGUGCUUGUUGAGCUGCAGCGGAUGAGUGACAACGUGGACUGUGUUCGCGAUGAGGUCGAACGCCGUGUGAGGGAAUUCCUGGGCAGCUACAACAAGAAGAGCAACAAGCACAUUCCCAGGCUUGGCCUUCGGCUGGACGGGCUACAGUCCCCAGAGGCACAGCGUGUGCUGCAGGCGUACGAUGUGUUCACCGGGUAUCUGCGUCGCCUCUUCAACGACAAGAUCAGCUCUGUGGGCAUCGACGACGCGCUGAAGACGCUGAAAGAGGAUGACAUCAACAAACUCACACUCGAACACUGUGACGAGCUGAAGCGCAUGUUUGACGAAUUCCUCAAGCAGUACCACAAGAACUUGAAGAUGAUCACCGAUGGACCAAAGGCAGUCGACGAACUUGCUGCAAGUGCGAGGGCUUGCGCUGCCGAGAUCACAAAGAACCCAGACCUUCACGCUCAGGGCAUGGAAUGGACGGCUCCAAUGAGGUCGCGGCUGCCGACACUCAUGGCGCACAUCUUUGGCAUGUGGACGCUGCACCACGCGAGCAACCCCAACCAGGCACGUGAGGAGCUCCUGCAGCCGCACGCCUCCCAAGCCCUGGCCAUCUUCCGCCUGCUUGGCGCUGGCACUGAGAAGGGCGAGCUGCACUCAAACCUGGUGCAGGUCCUGACGGGACAAGGCAAAGCCGUCAUCUUGGCUGUCACGGCAUCUGUGCUUGCGCUGUACGGCAUGCACGCCAGCGUUGCCUGCUACUCCGAGUACCUGACCACGCGCGAUUAUGGCGAUUUUGUGUUCUUGUUUGACAAGCUGGGCGUGGCUGAGCAUGUGGAAUACGGCACGUUCAACGCCCUGUGCGAGUCGCACAUCAACAAGGAGGGCGACAUCCGCGAGCGCGUGCAGCACUUGAUCCAAGAAGACAAGUUCCAGAAGCCUGGGUGGAUCAAGCGCGCCAAGGACAAGGCUGCUGCCUUGAAGGACAAAGCAGCAAGCUUCCUGCCUGGAAGUGCCAGUUCCUCCAAGGUUCCGCGCCCUCGCGUGCUGUUGAUUGACGAAGUUGAUGUUGCGCUCGACCCAAGCAUCAUGAGCAACACGUACGCGCCCAACUGCAAGGUGACCAACGAGGCUGUCAAGAACUUGGUGAUGCACCUGUGGGACAAUCGCACAACUGGACUCACCUUCGCCAAGGUGGCCACCUCGACGCAGUAUGAAAGCCUCCAGCAGCAGUUUGCCAAGCCGUACCACGACCUCCUCCGAAGCUGCGUGAACGCCAUGAUUGUUGACCUGCAAUCGUAUGAGAACCACGGGUACGUGUUUGAGGGCGGCCGCAUCGGUUACAAGCUGCACGACACCGUCAACUACAAGAUGCGCAUGCGCUACAAGACCUUGUUCGCGCUCAUGCACGAGCUUGAGAAGACCGGCGUUGACGUACACACUUCCCAGGACGUGGCCAAGGAGGUUGCCUUCCUCAUCAACUGCGGCGCGUUCUCGUACUUUGAGGUGCAGCGCACGUUUGCCUGCACGCUCGGUGUGACGGGCACGCUCAAGGACCUGUCUGCUCCCGAAUUUGGGGUGCUGAAGGAAGACUACGGCAUUCACACGUACACGGUGAUGCCGUCCAUGUUUGGCGCGUCGCAGCUGAAGCCGUUUGAGGCAAACGACCUGAAGAUUGUGCCCGCUGACCAGUACCAUCUGACCAUCACCCAGGAGAUUCGCAAGCGCCAUGGACAGGGCCGCCCCGUGCUUGUGUUGUUUGAGACUGCACGUGAGCUUCAACAGUACUACAAGCACGAGUCCCUCGCUGGCCUCAUGCAGCACGUGCAGAUUCUGAGCGAGACACUGGAUGCUUCCGAAAAGGAGAAGAUUGUGCGCAAUGCGACGCAGCAGAAGCGCAUCACCCUUUGCACCCGCUCGUUUGGGCGCGGCGUGGACUUCCAGGUGCGUGACCCGGCCAUCCCAGACAAGGGCGGUGUGCACGUGCUGCAAACGUUCCUGGCAGAGACGAUGGCUGAGGAGCGGCAGUGCAUGGGCCGCACGGCUCGGCAGGGUGAGCCGGGCAGCUACUCGAUGGUGCUGCGCCGUGAGCAGCUGGAGAAGUUUGAUGUGGACUUUGAAGCGCUCGACAAGCAGGAGAGCAGUCACGAGCUGCGCAAGUAUCUUCACGAGAGGCGCGAUGAUGCGUUUGGGAAGCAGUUCAAGCAGUCGUACGAGAUUGCGCGGGCUGUGAAGAAGGAGCACGAGGAAUCGAUGGCAUUCCUUGAGGAACUGAGUGGCGAGCGCAAGGCUGAAGUGGUGAAGGCGCUUGAGAAAUGGAACUACACGCGCGAGGUGGCGUCCAAGGUCACGCGCACAUUCUACGCGCUCGAUUGCACUUGCUCCAUGAGCACCAGCUUGAAGAAGACCACGCAAGUCAUUGGCACCGUCUUUGAGCGCACCGAGAAGAUUCUUGACGACGCCGGCUUGCUUGGCAACAGCGAUGUCGCCAUGCAGCUGGCGGCAUACCGCAACUACAACGUGGAUGCGGACCAGCUGCAGCAGGUGUCGGGCUGGGAGCAGAACCCGCUUGCACUGCGGCAGUUCCUGUUUGGCCUGAAGGUGAAUGGUGGCUGGGGCAACGAAGCCAUUGAGGUUGCGCUUCACCGCGCCAACACGGAGAAGGACGUGUCGCAGGUGAUUUUGAUUGGCGACGCACCAGCCAACUCCCCAGAUGAGGUGGCAUCCAAGCGAAACAGCAAAGGUGAGCGUUACUGGUCCAAGUUUCCCGAGUUUGCCAAAUCCACGACCGCUGAGACCGAGCUGCAGAAGCUGAAAGAGAAAGGCAUCCCGGUUCAUGCCUUCUACAUUCAACCGCGCGCAAAGGACUUCUUUGAGCACGCCGCUCAGGUGACUGGUGGGCGCUGCGAGUUCCUGGACAUUGAUGAUGCGUCUGGGGCUGAUCAGCUCACGAACCUUGUCUCCGAAGAGCUGCUGCGGCGCGCGGGCGGCGAACAAGGCAACCAACUCGUUGACACCUACCGAGCCACUUUCUGCAAGUGAUCUGAUUUGUGAUGUGAUAUGUGUGUGUGUGUGUGAAUGGACCUAAAGACUGACUCGUUGCGAUAUUGUUUUGUUUGGGUUGUCUGUGUGUGUUGUGCCUGCAUGCUUUUGCGUUUGCCCUCUUUUCUGUUGUGAAACGAGUUGCUGUCUUCUGUUUCUACGUUUAAAGAGCAUGUGUACGUUGAGUAAACAUCAAGAACAACGAGCAAACAGAGACCCUUUUGUCGCUUGAGUGAAGGAAUAGAUG